UCCCAGCACCCAGCCUGCCCCCAUGGCCCUACCCAGGUGUCAGCCCCGCUGUCCUCCCACUCCGAGGGCCACACGAAAGGGUCACUUGUUGGGGUUCUGUGGGGCUACCAGGGAGGUGGGAGCACUCUGCUCUCCAGUGUCCCCACAGGUACCUACCCCCAUGGUCCCCCUGUGCCCAGGCUUCAUGGGGUCCCCAUCUUGCAGGAGGUGGGGGCUGAACGCUGCCAUAGGGAGGGGACGGGGACAUGGAUCGUGGCGUCACCCUGGAGAACCCCUAUGCCAGCGUGAACAUCCCGCGGUCCCAGUUCCAGCAGAGCUUCAUCACUCGCUACCUGGAGGAUGAGCCCGCGUCACCCACCGUCAUCGCCAACCCCGCCGUCGUGCCCACGCACAGCGCGGAGGAGCAGGCGGGCAGCUGGGACCAGCAGCCCAUGUCCACAGAGAAGUCCUGGUCCCGGCCCUACAACCCCUAUGCCAGCAUGAAGAUGCCCAAUGGGGAAUCACCCAACUCCUUCUACACCGUCACCCUGGACAAGCCACCCAAGGGCCACGGGCAUGAAGACGGCAGGAGGAGCGGCUGCCACAGGUGGUGCCCCUGCUGCAGAAAGUGCUGCUGUGUCGUCUCCUAAGGGGACAGGUGGGACAUGCAGGGAUGUGGCCACCUGGCCCGGGCACCCUGGUUUUGCUGCCCCAUCGCCUGCCCUGGCUGCUGGGAGGUGGCAUCGGCUGGUUUUCACCUAUGAGCUGUGCAGCUAGAUGCACCAGUGAUGGACACUUGCCGCAUCCUGAGAGCUCAGAGUGGAGCAUGGGGCAGAAGGACGGACCCGCUCACCCAACAAAGGCCAAGGGACCCUGGGGACAAUGUGUGCCAACGCAGAUGCCACUGAGAAGUGCCCACGCGGGGGAUGGUGCUGAUCUUAGCUUCCCAUUCUGCACUGGGUUGGGGAACCAGUGUGGAGGGGUCAGGGACAUAUCCCCAGCUGGGCUGGGGACACCCUGCCCUCCCCCUGCAGUGUCCCCAUGCAGUGUCACAGAGUGCUGCAGCACUGAGCUCAGGGGGUACCACCCCUCCUCACCACGCUGCCUGCCUGCUUGAGGGAAGGAGUCAGGAGGGACAGGCAGACAAAGCACAGCCAAGUGCUGGCAGCACUCUGCAGCACAGUGUUGGCACAGUGAGGGUAUUGGGGUGCCAGGACCCUUUGCUGUGCCAUAGGAAGCUCCCAGUGCUGACUGCCAUCCUCAGCCCUCUGCCACCGCUGGGCACCGAGUGGAGCGAGCUCCUUACAGCACUCCGGGGCAGCUGAGCGCUCGGGUUUGGGCUGUGGAACAAACCAGCCCUUGUCCUGGGGCAGCUGCGUAAGCACGCGUGGCAGGAACAGGGCAGGGGCCAGGAAAGAGCACGGGUGUGAGCGGAUGACUUCAGCACGCCACAAAUAAAUGACAGCCACCUCUUGCCCUGCCAA